AUGACCGGCUCUUGCUGUGACUCCUGCUGUGGCUCCUGCUCCUCCCAAAGCUGCGGAGGCUGYUGCCAGCCCUGCUGCUGCCGCGACCCCUGCUGCUGCCGCCCCGUGUCCUGCCAGACCACCGUGUGCCGCCCUGUGACCUGUGUGCCCCGCUACACGCGCACCAUCUGUGAGCCCUCUGGCCGCCCCAUCUGCUGYGACCCCUGUGGCCUGCAGGAAGGCUGCUGCCGCCCCAUCACCUGCUGCCCAACGUCCUGCACAUCCGUGGUCUGCAGACCCUGCUGCUGGGCCUCCACCAGCUGCCAGAUCAUCAGUGUGCAGGCGCCCUGCUGCCGCCCCCCCUGCUGCCAGCCUGCKCCCUGCCGCACCAUCUGCAGGACCUCCAGCUGCAACCCCUGCUGCAACUCCUGCUGCUGA